CUUCUGGGUAAUUUCUGGAAUUUUCGAACUUUUACGGCAAAUUGAAAUUUUUUUUUUGUAAAAUUCAAUUGUUUUGUUCGACGUUUUUUGUAGAGCAUUCAAUUCUGUAUAAGAAUAUGACUUUUUUAUUCCUACAAACGAGAAAGUUCCAGAGAAAAAAAAUAUUUGUAAAAAGUGGCAAAAUCCCAUGUAAUUUCAAGGGGAAAUGUAUCGUGUUUGGGGCAAGGUUUAUUAGGAAAAUUAAGGGCUUUUUAUGGUCUGAUAUUUUUUUUUAGAUGGAAAACUAAAAGUUUAAGGGGCGUCUCGUCAAAAAUAAUCAAUUUGGUAAAUAACGGACACCCUAAUAUACAUAUAUAGGUCACAAUAAUUAAUUUGAAGUUAUAGUGGUUUUUAAAUGGGGGCGCUAAAAAAAUAUUUAUUCUCAAAGUGGGCGGUAGACAAAAUAAGUUUGGGAACCACUGCACUAUUGCAUGCGCUAUUUCUGCAAUUAAUCAGCUGAUUCAAACAAAACAGAAAAAAUUCAUAAAAAUUAAAAUGCCUAGAAGAAGUGAAAAGAGCAAAUUAAUAGCUGCAAUUUGCGAAAAAUACUUACAAGACAUACUCAUGUUGGAAUUAAGUGAUGACGAUGAGCAGGAAGAAGUGGAUGAACAAUUUAGAGUGAAUAUGCUUAUAUUAUUGAACAAUCGCCGAAGUGCUCACUUAGGAGUUCCUAAGUCGAACCAUUGGGAGCGGAAUGUAUUAAAGCAUUUUGACGAAAACAGAUUUUGCCAAAUGAUGCGCUUAAACCAAACAGAAUUUGCUUACCUUCUAAACUUAAUAAAAGAUGAUGAUGUGUUUCGAAAUGAUUAUAACGCAGCACAACUUUCGAUCGAUACUCAACUUAAGAUCUUCCUUUUUCGAUUAGGAUCAUCAGGUGAAGGACUUUCGGUUCGUAAAGUGGCAUCCUUGUUUGGUAUAGGAGAUGGCGGUACCAUUCAAAUCGUAACCAGGCGAGUUUUUAAAGCUAUUAUUAACUUGAAACACAGGUUUUUAUACUGGCCCGAUGAAAGGGAGCGAUUAAAGCUUAUUGCAGCAACAGAAAAGAAAUGCCUGGGUGUGUUGGAUACAUUGAUGGGUCUAAAAUUAAGUUGGCCGAAGCACCUGUGAGGAAUCACGAAAUAUUUUUUUUCCCGUAAGCGCCAAUAUUCUGUAAAAAUUCAAGUUAUUUGUGAUCAUCGGCUACGCAUAAAACAACUUACACUUGGUUACCCAGGAAGUUUUCAUGAUGCGAAAAUGUUCUCGGGAUGUUUGCUCUCAAAACAUCCCAAUAGAGUUUUGUCAACCUCGCAAUGGAUAGCUGGAGAUAGUGCAUAUCCAUUAAAGCCAUUUUUAGUAACCCCGUUUCAGCAAAAUAGUACAGAAUAUAGCAGAGAAGAAAGAGAAAAUUUUAAUAAAUACUUUUCCAAAUACUGCGUGAAUAAAAGUAUACAAAAUUUAGGUUUAAUAAAAACAAAUUUUGUUUGUAUUUGCACAAUUUGAUUAUAAUAAUUUAAUUUGUAUAAUUAAAACGUUAUAAAACUAAAUUUUAAUAAAUAAGUGUCGACGAACGGGGCGGCGAUAACCCUUUUCCGACGUGCUGGAGCUGUCGAGUUUUUACGGAUGGAGAUCGAGAGGUUUACUCGCGGUAGAGUAGAGAUGUUGACCUGGCGCAGUGUCUCAGUGAAAAUCUUGUACUCGUAGAUGAAUGUUGAUGCGUGGCUUGUAUCGAUCGAAUUGACCCCGCUAUCCUUUUUUCCCAUCCUUUUUGUUGAGUAGGUUGAUGAAUGCAGAAGUGUGGAUGCGCCAGUUUUACCGAGUAGAGGGGGUGGACGCGUAACUCAUUUAAACAUCCUGGGCCCCCUAGGCGAAUAUUUUGCCUAGUAUUGCGUAUGUAUAAGCAUUUAUUUCGGGGUACUCCUGGUAGAGUAGCCAAAGCGCGGAAUACGUUCUGACAGCAGAAGUAUUGGAGUUGUAAUAUACUCGUAUUUAUCCGUGUGUGUAGAGAACGGAUUUUGGUUUUAAACAUGCCACAUGUAUUUGAAUGUG